AUGACGCUGCGGGGCGACGGGCGGCGGCCCGACGAGAAGCUGCAGGGCGACGGGCGGCAGCCCGACGAGAAGCUGCAGGGCGACGGGCGGCGGCCCGACGAGAAGCUGCAGGGUGACGGGCGGCGGCCCGACGAGGAGAAGAAUCUCUACCCUUGCAAUGCGGGCGCACUGAUCACGGGGAACCAGCGGGCUGCUGAGGGCACUCCUUGCCAAGGCUGCAUGUCUUGUCCUUCCUCAGAGAGGAGCAGAGGAGGUGUGCGUGUGGUUCUGACCCACAGGCUCGACCCGGCUCCUACAUACAGCGCGACCCGGUUCCAGCUCCACGUCUGCUUCUCCUACACCAACGUCUGCCCCACGGAUUCCUGCGGUGGCGAUGCUCUGCUGCUCCCUCAUGCUCUCUCCCUUCCUCUCCCCUUCCCACCUCCCCCAACCCUUGUGCCGUCUCCCCACCAGCACUGCACCUGCUUCUCCUCCCUCGGUUCGUGGCCCAUUGGCAACCUGCGGGCUGCUGAGAGCAUUUUGUUCAAGGCUGCAACGCACCCUUCCUUCAACAGCAAUGCCCUCUUCCCUUACCCCCGCCACCCCUCUUAUCCACAGCCGCGCACCUGCGUCUUCCACAAGGACUUCUGGCCUACACACUUCAUCGUCUCCCUCAUCCGUCCGUCACUCAUCACGCUAGAGGCUGCUGACGCGGCGGAGGUGCGUGACAGGCUGCACGCCAAGCUGGGGGGGGCUGGGCUGUUGGGUGCCCCGUGGCGGUUUUCGCCUGAGCAGCGGGAGAAGAAGGUGCGUGGUGCGAUGCCUCUUAGGAGCUUCUUGUGGGGCUGGGUUGCUGGGUGCUUCGUGGUGGUUUUUGAGGAGAGGCGAGCAGGGGGAGGAGGUGCGUUGUGA